AUGGCUUCGUUCGGCCAGCAGGCGGCUCCUCGAGGGCCGUCACGACACCCUCCCCAUGGCGGGUAUGCCCCCCCUCAGAUGGCCUCUGCCGCUGCUGGUGCGCCCGCGGGCACCUUCGCCUCCGGGACCAAGAUCCAGGUCGGCGGCCACCGAGUAGUCAUACAGAAAUACCUCUCAGAGGGCGGCUUCGCGCACGUGUACCUCGUCAAGAUGCCACAGCCCGUCGACGGCACCGACCUUGCCGUCCUCAAGCGAGUCGCCGUGCCCGAUAAGGAGGCCCUGCGGGGCAUGCGCACCGAGGUCGAGACGAUGAAGAGGCUAAAGGGCCACCGCAUGAUCGUCACGUACAUCGACUCGCACGCCUCCGAGCUCAAGGGGGGCGGCUACGAGGUGUUCCUCCUCAUGGAGUACUGCAGCGGUGGAGGCCUGAUCGACUUCAUGAACACCCGCCUCCAGCACCGCCUGACCGAGCCCGAGAUCCUCAACAUCUUCUGCGAUAUCGCCGAGGGGGUCGCCUGCAUGCACUACCUGAAGCCCCCUCUGCUGCACCGGGACCUGAAGAUCGAGAACGUCCUCAUCACCAGCAAGGGGUCGGCUAAGCGUUUCAAGCUGUGUGAUUUCGGGUCCGCCUCACCGCCCAAGCCAGCUCCAACGACUGUGGCCGAGUGUCGAUUGAUGGACGAGGAUGUGCAGAAGCAUACCACCCUCCAGUAUCGAAGUCCUGAGAUGGUUGAUGUCUACCGGAAGCAGCCCAUGGAUGAGAAGUCUGACAUAUGGGCGCUCGGUGUCUUCCUUUAUAAGCUUUGCUACUAUACCACGCCCUUUGAGGACCAGGGGCAAUUAGCCAUCCUGAACGCCAGUUAUAGAUUCCCGAGUUCCCCUCCAUUUUCUGAUAGAUUGAAGAGACUUAUCGCGUCGAUGUUGAGAGAACAAAUGCAGUCACGACCGAAUAUAUACCAGAUCCUGAAGGAGGCAUGUGAGAUGCAGGGCCGCAAAGUACCUAUUCAAGAUAUUUACUCAGGGCGAUCCCAUUCCGAAACCCGAAACCUGGAGAAGCCUUUACCGAAAGAACCAACGUCGUCAGGAUCACCUGCUGUUGGUGCUGUUUGGUCGCCACCGGUCGAAGAAAAACCAAAACUGCCCGAUAUUACUCCCAUGAGAAGAGGACGGCCUACUGCAUCCCCUGCUCCAGGGCCAAAGUCAAACGCUCCCCGUGUUGGUGGAGGUGAUCCUUUUGCUGCUCUGGAUUCGACGGCAGCUGCACCAGCUGCACCAGCUGGCACGUCCUCGCCUGAUAAUUUCUCGUCAAGGUUCCCUUCCCUCGACCAGUUUUCUUUACUUCAUGAUCAGGGAUCCAAAUUUGAUUUCGGUGACGACCCCAACUCUCCUCAAACGCAGGCACCUGCUGUGGGAGAAGCGAGCAACAAGAUCACGGAUCGCUUGGCAGAUGAGGCGUUUGCAUCCAAUAGACCUAGUCCUCCAACACCCAAGGUCAUUUCCAGGCCUGCUUCUGCUAGUCCGGCCCAACUCAACCCCAGACCUACUCCGCAACAGCUGGAGUCGGCGAAACCAAGAGUCCCCAUCCAACCCAAGCCUGAGAUAAGUCGGGCUCAGUCCAUUAUUAGCAGCAACCCGGAGUUACAAGCGAUAUCUACCAAUUCAUCUGCCAAGUAUGUGUCCACCGGCACCUCCACUGAUGACCUGCCUUUUGAUCCUCAGGCCAGGCUUCCAUACAGAUCAACACCGAUUCAGACUGAGCAGUCUCGCCGCUCAUUGAGUCGUUCUAGGCAACCUGAUCUGGCAGCUGAGCAAGGCCACCCUGGUGAUGUUCGUACGAGUUCGAACUCUCGAUUGACAUCCAACUUUUCCUCACAUAUUCGACAUCCUUCACAGUCUCGGCAGGUGCUGGAAAGUAGCCAACCUCCCCCGGAUAUUGAGGUGGCCCCGCGGAAGAACAGUCUCCAUGUUAGCCGCUCUCGUCCACAGAGUGUGAAUUAUGAAUCCAGUACCACCAUUGACUAUCUACGCGAGAGAGAGUCUAUACCUCGCUCUCAAAACCGCCUGGCGCAGCCUUCCCCUAGAGGCUCGCCAAGGAUUCCAUCUCCAAACUUGAUUUCCACGGAAGAUGAGCCGAGAGCCGAGAAAAACGACCUGGACUUUCUCAGGAGCAUGGAAGAUUCCGAAACCAAGACCUCAAACAAGCGUUCCAGCCUGUCAUCACUCUCUGGAUCCAAGCAGAUGAUUGCAAGCCGGUUCGGCGAGGCCUUCAAACGGUUCGAAACGACCCCAACACCUCCUCCUCCUGCUGGAAGGCGCGACCUGACACCGAUUGCUGGAUCUGAGGCUACGGAUGGUCGAAGUGAUGAUGGGAAGUUUGACGACGAUUACGAAUCGAUGACUCCGGAAGCGCGGCGGGAAAUGGAGAGACGAAAACUUGAGGAGGAGGAGCAGAGGGUCGAAGCUGCGCAGGCUGAGUACCGUAGACGCGUAGCGGAUGGUGGCUCUGCGCCGGAGUCUGCAGCACUUCCCAGAAGCAUCGGAGGAGUCCCACGUGCGAAGAGCAUCCAAAACCGAGUGCAGAAUCUUCUCAACGAAGACCAGCGCACAUCCACCACCGUGCAGAAGACUGCGGAAGGCUAUGGCAAGUACUCGGACGCGGCUACUGCAGCGAGCAAGGUCGAGAGGCAGCCCCCCGAGAUCCCGCGGAAGCCCGUGGUGCCCUCCAAACCUACAGGAAGAGGCCCAGCCUCCCCGGUUAUUCCCACGAUGCCAAAACCACAAUUGAAGCCAGUGGCUCCCAAGAAGCCGGGCCACUUGAAUAGUAUUCCAACUGGAAAUCGGCCUCCUUCCCCUCCAAAGAGGAGUCAAACGGCGGCUUCAGAACAGCUUAUUGCCUUUGACCUGCCUGGCCAGCCAGCGCUCGAGAUGUCAGGUGACGACAAGGACAAUUAUAUUCGAGACUUCUCCCAGAGAUUUCCCAGCGUCAGUGCCAUGGAGGGUGCUGGGCCUAGACAGUGA